AUGUUAAAAGUGAAAAUAGUUUUGGCUGGAUCUGCUGAUACAGGGAAGACAUCAUUUAUUCAACGAUAUUUUGGGGAUUACACUGGCACAGAAAAAGUUGUAGGCGAAAAAUAUAGAGAAAAAGACGUCACAAUCAAAGGAGAAACGUAUAAAGUGGAAUUAGACGAGACCGAAGGAGUUGAAGGUGGAGUGACAGUUUCUGAUGUGAAAAAGGCGUCCAAUGUCUUAGUUUUGUUUUCAGUAGAUAAUAGAGAUUCACUAUCAGUGGCUAAAGGUCUUUUAGGCCUUGUCGAAAGAUUAAAAGAAAAUGAAUGUCGAAUUCUACUUGUUGCGAAUAAAAGAGACUUACAGUGGAAAGUGACACGACAAGAAGUUCAAGAAAUUUGUGUGGCGAGGUCGUGCGAGUUCAAAGAAGUCUCGUGCUUGAACGAAGAGGAAGUACCAACAUUUGUGAAUGAGUUGGUUAAGUCUUGUGUCGACGAUAUGAAGAAACAAAUCGAAACGGAAAAAGCGAAAGGAAAAAGAGAGAGCAAAAAAAGUUGUGCUGUUUGCUGA